UGUUCUCAGGGUCCGCGCUCGGAAGGAGCUGCUCGCCCUUGGCGGGCGCGAGAGAGCGACCCGAUGAAAAAGGUUACUUCCAAGCAGUCUCCGCCCAGGCUGUUCGAGAAGAAGCGGGCAAAGGUGCCUGAACAGCUCACGCCCCCCAUUCAGGAAGAACCUGAGCCUGUCAGCAAUAUCCUGCAAGGAGAUGACAUUCUUGCCUUAGCCAUUAAGGAGGAUGACUUGAAGAAGCAACACAUUCCUCGCUUUAUCGAAACAAGAGAUAAAUCUGUCAUUCCCCAGAAAUUUAUCAUCCGUAAACUCAAACCCAAGGAUCCUAGGAGGAAGGUCUGCCACUUAGUAGCACAUCCUGCUACCACAGAUACAGCCACAAAGCCCCUGGACUACUCUGGCCCAGAUGACAGUCUCUACAGCUGUGACCAGAUCCUGCCCCACCACAUCUUGGGGAGUCUCCAGGACUUUCGGAGAAUUGCAGUUGCCCAAGGGAACACCCAGCUGGCUGAGCUGAUAUACACCCCGCCCUCCUCGGUGACCCUCAUCUCAGCCACAGAAGAGCCAAAGAAGAAAGCCCCCAAAGAAGAGAAGGCACCCCUCUGGGCCCCAGCCCCUCAGCACAACUUCAUGAGAAACUGGCAGCGCAACCUGGCCCUGUGGAAGAGGCAGCAGGAGGCCCUCAGCGAACGCCUGAAGAAGCCUGUUGGCGAGCUGCUGAUGCACAUAGGCGAGACCUACAGACAGAUCCAGGAGGAACGGGAGCUCAUCGACCGGGUCCUUCCAACGCAGCACGACGGGAAGUGCUCUGAGGAGACCAGUGGGUUCUGGAGUCGACUGGAAUACCUUGGAGAUGAAGUCACCGGUCUGCUGAUGACAAAGACGAAAUCUCAGCGUGGUCUCCUGGAGCCAAUCACUCACAUCAGGAAGCCGCACUCCAUCCAGAAGGAGAUGGGACUGCUGGCCCGGAAGGAUGCUCCGUACCGCCACACCUGGGACCGGAGUCUGUUUCUGACCCACCGCCGCCAGGAGCUGCAGAGCAUCAUGGCAGAGCUGGACUUCACCCAGCAGGAUAUUGAUGGCCUGGAGGUGGUGGGCAGAGGGCAGCCUUUCUCAGCAGUUACAGCAGAAGACUUUACAGUGUUUGAAAGGAGCCAGAGAAGUUCCUCUGAAGACACAGUGAACAUAGACGUAUUGACCCGUUAUCCUGAAGUGGUCCCCAUGCCUGUUCUUGGCCCUUCUCUGCUGUUCUGUGGGAAGCCAGCCUGCUGGAUCAGAGGCAGUAACACACAGGACAAGAGGCAUGUUGGAAUUGCCGUUAGCCUGACCUUCGAAACCCUGGAGGGGCAGAAAGUGUCCUCAGAACUGACGGUGGCCAACAACGGCACAGUGGCCAUCUGGUACGACUGGCGGCGACAGUCCCAGCCGGACUGUUUCCAGGACCUGAAGAAAAACAGGAUGCAGCACUUCUACUUCAGUAAUCGGGAAGGUGUGCUUCUCCCUGGAGAAACGAAAACCUUUACCUUCUUCUUCAAGUCUUCGAGCGCUGGGAUCUUCCGGGAAUGCUGGGAGUUCGGAACUCACCCCACCCUGUUGGGAGGUGCUAUCCUGCAGGUCAACCUCCAUGCAGUCUCCCUGGCCCAGGACGUUUAUCGGGAUGAGAGGAAGUUACUGGAGAAAGAUCUGGCUUCCCACGAGGCGGCCACCAUUGUGCAGAGCGUGCUUCGGGAGCUACUGGAGGGAAUCCUGACCCAGGAGCGUGCGCAGACCCCCGAGGACGUCUAUCUCACGGAGGAGGACUUGUUCCACCGCAGGAAUCCUGGGCUGCAUUACCAGCACCAAGUGGUGCAAAACCUGCACCGACUGUGGCACCAGUACAUGGUCCUGCCCUCCAAACCCGAGGAGGCCAGGCCGGGUGAAGAGGAGCGUCGCGGCCCCAGGGUCCGGGGGGCUGUGACCCAGACAGCCCAUUUGGAGAAGGCCCCAGUGAACAUGGACUCUAGGACCCCCGUCUCGGAGUCCCAACUGCCCCGGCAGGAGAAUAUGGCCCUCAGGGACACCCAGGAUUCUUUCAGGUCCCAGAAGGGCGGCCCGGGGGCCAGGAGUUUUCAGCAGAAGAGCACCAUGGAGGAGAGGCCGGUGGAGGACAGCCCCUGGGAGCUGGAGGGCCUCUCCCCGCCUGAGUGGAACCUCUGCCUGGAGGACUUCAGAAAGGCAGCAAUGACGCUCCCUGAGGAGACCCAGAGAGAAGACACCCUAAUUGGGCUCAACAGAGAAGCCCUGGAGCUGUGCCAGGAGCAGAGGCCGCUGCAGUCCGACCUCCUGUACCAGAUGUGUAUGCAGCUGUGGCGGGAUGUGAUUGACAGCCUGGUGAGCCAUUCCCUGUGGCUGAGGGUGCUGCUGGGCCUGCCCGAGAAGGAGACCACCUAUUUGGACACGCCGGAAGAGCUAGAUCGAAAAUUACCUGUCACGGAAGUGAAGUCGUCUUCCGCGAAAGUUGGGAAGGAGGACCGGAGAGGGGCAGCCCAGGAAAAGAAGCAGUUGGGAAUCAAAGACAAAGAAGAUAAGAAAGGAGCUAAGCUGCUGGGGAAAGAGGACCGUUUAAACAGCAAGAAGCAGAAGGCAAAGGAUGAUAAGAAAUCCACGAAACCUUCCAGUGGGGACAGGCUUUUCCUGGAAGACCCUGCCCCUGACAGCACCACCCCUUCUCAGGAACCCAUAGAUCCCCUGGUCAUGGAGAAGUACACCCAGAGGCUGUACACCGAGGUCCAUGGGCUGCUGAACACCCUGGUGACCAGCCUGAUGGUUCUGGCCGACGAGCUCAGCCCCAUAAAGAAUAUUGAGGAGCCUUUUCGUCUUUGCAUUUGACUCGUGUGCCCAAGCAGCCUCGCGGGUAUCUGGUUAACAAACAAAUCAAUA